AUGUUAACGUUCAACGUUCAAUGUUCUCCUUACCCUCUUCUCUCUACCCUCACAAAGACUCAAAAGUUCUCCCAAUCACCACCCACCAUUACCAUCGGUAAGCUCCAUUAUGCAUACAACACCUCCUGUAUAAUGCUUACCUGGACUGCUUAUGGACAGCAGUCAUUGCUCACCCCACAUUCCAUCUGCACAUCGAGUCCGACCCUGCACGUCAGCACUGCAUGUUUAGUUUCUAUGGACCAAGAAAAUCAUGACAUCAAUACCAUUGCUAUCACAGUUAGGUUCACGUUUGAGUGGGGGCGCACCAUGACAACUGAUUGUGCGAUGCCGGGGAAUGUCCACAAUGGUCACACAAAGCCGGGCAUCAAUUUGACUGCACAUCGAGUUCAUCCCCUGCUCCUUCCAGUGUGCAGUGGCCGACAUCCUGUCAUUUUUGGCGUGACUGGAAAGACCAUGCAGGUGACAGAUCAGAUGUGCCUUAAAAAGGGGAAAUUACAGAGCUUUACAUACGAGGAGGCUAUCAACGGGCCUACCGAUCACUAUACAUCUACAUAG